AUGAUCUUCUCCACUUCACAACGGAGUUGCCUUUCUUUUCAGAGUGCAGCCGCAGCUCCCAGUCCAGUGCUAGGAAACAUUCCCCCAGGAGACGGAAUGCCAGUAGGCCCGGUACCACCGGGAUUCUUUCAGGGACCACCAGGUUCACAGCCCUCGCCACAUGCACAGCCUCCACCACACAACCCCAGCAAUCCCAUGAUGGGACCUCACAGCCAGCCUUUCAUGUCACCUCGUUAUCCAGGAGGCCCCAGGCCGCCCCUCAGAAUACCUAAUCAGUCACUUGGAGGAGUGCCAGGAACACAACCAUUGCUGCCCAGUGGGAUAGAUCCAACGCGGCAGCAAGGACAUCCGACCAUGGGUGGACCAAUGCAGAGAAUGACUCCUCCACGGGGUAUGGUUCCCCCCUUAGGACCGCAGAGUUACGGAGGAGGAAUGAGGCCCCCGCUGAAUGCAUUAGGUGGUCCAGGCAUGCCUGGAAUGAACAUGGGUCCCGGAGGUGGUCGACCAUGGCCAAAUCCACCAAAUGCAAACUCAAUACCAUAUUCAUCAGCAUCACCUGGCAAUUAUGUGGGACCCCCUGGUGGUGGAGGGCCUCCAGGAACUCCAAUCAUGCCUAGCCCAGGAGAUUCAACAAACUCCAGUGAGAAUAUGUACACAAUGAUGAAUGCUGUACCUCCUGGGGCCAGCAGGUCUAAUGUAAGUGAAACAAGCAUGAACUUUUAA